UGACAUUUCUCGCGUUUGCUGUGAAAUAUUUUUUCCUCGGGAAAACUCAACUUUUCUCCCACUUUCCUCUGGGUUCUGCUAUGUUUCAGUACUGCCGCCGCGACAGAGUGUAGUGAAGAGUGCAGAGCUUGUGGAAUCUCUGGGAUCUUGAGUGGGGAAAUUGCUGAAGAAGAAUGUCUUCAUUCACGGAAACUGCGCUGGUGAAGAAGCUCACAGACCUGAAUCCCAGCCAGCAGAGCAUCCAGACGCUGUCGCUGUGGCUCAUCCACCACCGGAAGCACCAUGUCACCAUCGUGAAGACGUGGCUGCGUGAGCUGCAGAGAGCGCCCGGUCACAAGAAACUCACCUUCAUGUACUUGGCCAACGAUGUGAUCCAGAACAGCAAGAAGAAGGGCCCAGAGUACGGCUCGGAGUUCUCGAAGGCGCUGGAGGCGGCCUUCAAGCACGUCGCGGACACUUGCACGAAGGAGGGCAAGACCAUCGGCAGCCUGGACAGAAUCCUCAACAUCUGGCUAGAGCGCGGCGUGUACGGUGCCGAGGUGAUCCAGGCGUACCAGGCGGCCCUCCACUCGGCGCCAGCGGCGCCCGCCGAGGAGCCGCCGAAGAAGAAGCGCAAGUCUGAAGAGCACGGAAAGUCCGCGAAGCGCCCCAAGCCGGCGGCCGUGGAGAAACCAAAGGAGCACGUGAAGAGUGAGACUGUGGAGGUGAAUGGCACGGUGGAGACGCACGUGACGCUGAGCCCCCACACGCCCGUGGGCGAUCCUCCGGAGCCGGAGGAGCUGAUCAAGGCGCUGAUUGAGAUUGAGAAUUCGGCGUCCAGCGACGCCGCCGUGCGGGAGAGAAUCGCCAACUUGCCGGCGGAGCUGUCCGAGGUGUCCAUGCUGAGCAAGAUUGAGGACAAGGAGGCGGCGCAGAAGCUCUCGCGCGAAGUCAACGACGCCCUCAAUUUGCUCAACGAGUACAAUGCGAGACUGUGCACGGAGAUGGAGGACAGGAAGAAGCUGCAGAACAUGCUGAAGGACUUCCAGCAGGAGCAGCGAGAACUGCUGACACAGGCAGAGAGUCGCUUAGAUGAGUACACAAAGAAGGUGACGAAGAUGAAGGAGGUGCAGCGGGAGAUUAGGAAUCACCUGAAGAACCUCCCGGAUCUCACUCAGUUGCCUGACGUCACUGGUGGCCUGGCGCCGUUGCCGUCUGCCGGCGAUCUCUUCAACAUUCACUAAAGCACUCCGCGGAAGGGGCGGAGGAAGUGUUAAAGAUUGCAGCACGACCAACAAAACAGCAUGAGCCAGAAUUAACAGAAUUUUUGACGACUAUGACGCUUCUAUUUAGGAUCAACAUAUGUAAUUUUGUGGCAUUGCAUACAAAUUGGGUGGCAAAAAGUCUUGAGAUAUUUCCUAACUUUAUGUUAUUCUUUCCAAAAUGCAUAUUAAUCGAUAGAUUUCCCUUCGAUUUGAGGAGUGAAUUUUUCAUUGUGUGAAAAAUUGUGCACAGAAUCACAAGGAAAAUUGUAUAAAUUGUGUCCAAGUGAAGACUAAAAGGUCAGCACAGUGGACAAAUUCAAGGGUGGUUUAGACAGAGAUGAAUAAAUAGUUUCUAUUCAA